CAGAAAUCCAGAGUAGCAUUUGCAACCAGAAGGCAGGAGCUGCAGCACGGAACACGUUCCCCAACCCAGGGUCAGACCUCAAGGUGACGCUGAGCUGCUGUUCUGUACUUUGAAAACCAUCCUUGAAGAUUAUCUAACCUACACAGAGACAGACACACUCAAAACUCAGAAGAAAGAAAUAACCAAAACAUAUGUUCACAGCAAAGACACCUACCCAAGUGGAUCUGCUGGUAACAGAAGGACACUACAGUUUGAAAUAUCGUACGAGUGUGUACACAUGCGUGAGUGCCCACAAUAUUUACAUAAAGAACACUCCAGACCUUACUGAUGAAAGCUCAGAAGACUGUCUAUCAUAAAGAGUGUAAACAGCUAAACUAAGACAUUAAAAGGAAAAUAACCAGAUGCCACUCUGCAGGUUUUAUUAACUACCACAUACUGGAUACAUUCAAAUCCUUCAGAAUCAACAGAGUAACCAGGUAGCCAAGGAGAAACACAAGCCAUGGACAACCUCACCACUGCGGCUGGGAAUGGCAGCCUGUGCACCCGAGAUUACAAAAUCACCCAGGUCCUCUUCCCGCUCUUCUAUACCGUGCUGUUUUUCGUUGGACUCAUCACAAACAGCCUGGCAAUGAGGAUUUUCUUUCAAAUCCACAGUAAAUCCAACUUUAUUAUUUUCCUUAAGAACACAGUCAUUUCUGAUCUUCUCAUGAUUCUGACUUUUCCAUUCAAAAUCCUCAGCGAUGCCAAACUGGGAACAGGACCGCUGAGAGCCUUCGUGUGCCAAGUGACCUCCGUUGUAUUUUAUUUCACGAUGUAUAUCAGUAUCUCAUUCCUAGGACUGAUAACUAUCGAUCGCUACCAGAAGACCACCAGGCCAUUUAAAACAUCCAACCCCAACAAUCUCCUGGGGGCUAAGAUUCUCUCUGUCGUCAUCUGGGCAUUCAUGUUCUUACUCUCCUUGCCUAACAUGAUUCUGACCAACAGGAGGCCCAGUGACAAGAAUGUGAAGAAAUGCUCAUUCCUGAAAUCAGAGUUUGGUCUGGUCUGGCAUGAAAUAGUCAAUUACAUCUGUCAAGUCAUUUUCUGGAUUAAUUUUCUAAUUGUCAUUGUAUGCUACACGCUCAUUACAAAAGAACUGUACAAGUCAUACGUGAGAACGAGGGGCGUCGGCAAAGUCCCCAAGAAAAAGGUAAACAUCAAAGUUUUCAUUAUCAUUGCUGUAUUUUUUAUUUGUUUCGUUCCUUUCCAUUUUGCCCGAAUUCCCUACACCCUGAGUCAAACCCGGGAUGUCUUUGACUGCUCUGCUGAGAAUACUCUGUUCUACGUCAAAGAGAGCACCCUCUGGUUAACGUCCUUAAACGCGUGCCUGGAUCCAUUCAUCUACUUUUUCCUUUGCAAAUCCUUCAAAAAGUCCUUGAUGAGUAUGCUGAGAUGCUCCAAUUCUGCAUCCCAUAAAAACAGGAAAAAAGGACAGGAUGGUGGUGACCCAAGUGAAGAGACCCCAAUGUAAACAAACUGAGGUAGUACUUCAGUCUAUUAGUGUUUGGAACUCCAAACAGGCAAGCACUAUGUGAAAACAUUAAUACUGACUAAGAAGUAGCUGAGUUAGUCAUGAUGACUCUUGAAACAAGUAACAGAAGGUGACAAAAGCAAUUUUCUUUUACUUGUCCGGUACUGAAAGCAAUCUUAAAAUGCAGAAAAGUAACUGAACAUGUAGCUGUGUAGCAAAACAAACUGCACCCAGUCACCAUGCCACAUGCAAAACUACACAGAAGUCAGACGUGUAGAGUUUUGGCAAAAUGGGUAAACAUAUAAGAACAUUUACGGUAAUUUUUAAAAUAUAUUACUGAUCACAAUGCUAUUAUCAACUUAUUGUAAUCAACUAAGAAUGAUAGAUCUGAUAAAAUCUUCUGACCAAAUAUUAUACUUAUAUACUUAUAUAUGUAUAUAUACUUAAACGUACUUACAUAUGUAUAUAUAUCCCGGUCCCUUAACCAAAUGCUGACCUAUUGUGAUACUCAUAAGUAACUGGGACAUGCAAAGAACAGUAGCUACUAACUUUUAAUUAUAAGUAAAAACUUAAGGGAUUUAAACUAAUUGAAAUGGUAAUUGAUGAGACUAAAUUUUUUUUCAUUAAGUAGAGGUUUUAAAACUACCUUCUCAAGAAAAAGAGCAAAAAUAGGAAAGCUAUUAAAAUAGUUGCCUUAUGACAUUCUAAUACCAAAAACUUAUGAAUAUAUCCUUAACACCAGAGAAACCAGUUUGCUACUACUUUGACAACUUCAGUAAAUACAAUACCAUCAUCGAUACUUAUCCUUAUUAACUAGCUUCUAGAAACUGCCUGCGAGUUGGGUUAAUGAACAUUUCCCUUAUGAGAAAAACAAGUUAAACAUGAUUAUGCAGUUGAACAGUAUAACUAUUAGCAGGAAAGUGAUGAAAAUGUCUGGAAUUACCUGUUUGUGUAGAUAAUAAAAAAAAUUACAUUAAACUCUAAAA